CCUCAUCCCCCUCGUCGUGCUCGUCUAGCCCUCCUCUCCUCUCCCCUCAACUCUUCAUCAGUAGGCUCUAGACACUACUCAACACAGUCGUCUAUAACCUGGACACCUUGUUGUCACUCAGACAACUCGCUACUCCCAUCGCCACUCGAGCUUGAACGCGCAAAACUCUGCACGGCCCCACAACGCCAUCACAGAACAACGCGCCGUUACUCGCUCACUCAGCGUUCCCCCCCUCUCUAGUUCUGGACGUCCACUCCGGAUCCGCAAUAGCUUUCAUCGUCGUCCACCUGACUCGACCAAGCAGCGACUAGGCAUCCUCGUAUCCCCAACACCCCCACACUCAUACACUCCACAGCCUCCACAUUGGAGAGUGAACACGCGCGUCACCGCCGCUCAUUUAAGCUAGAGACGCGGUACCAGGACAGGCGGUGGCGAACUACCCCGUCGUGUUAGUGCUUUAGGUGCCAUACACUGCCAAUCUGGCUAUAAGAACGCGUCCAGUCGCCCACCCAUCGCUUCGAGACCAAUACCACCACAAAGUGGUCGACCGAGCAGUUUCGCCUCCACCGAACUUGCCUCGCGCCGACAACAUGACUCAGUCAAGUCAAUCCAAAUCCACCAGCGUUUUCCAGGCCCUGGGGUCGUACGCCGACCGCAUCAAGGACCAGCCGAACGGGUCCAGCAAGGCGUCGUCCUCUUCAUCCACACCAGCCUCAGCUGUCGCCAACUCUUCCAAGAAGGCCAACAACCGAACAGGGGCGGCCCGCCCGGCUUCCCCAGCCCCCGCUCAGUCAAGAGCAGACGCCGACGCCGAGGACGGCCCUUGGGAGACUGUUCGGACAGGGCGUAACAGGACCAAGCCCGAGCGCCAACAGCCGCAGGACGAGAAGCGCGCGAGCAACUCGCGCAACUGGCGCGAGCGAGACGACAAGGCUACCGAUUCCAAGGACAAGGCAGCUGAUGUGGAGCGUUCGCAAAAGGACGAGCCGGCACCCAAAAAGGACGAGGUAGCGACAUCGUCGUCGUCCAAAGGUGCCCAGGCGGCUACCCGUCCCGCCGUCACGCCACCCAAGUCUGCUUGGGCUGCGACGGGUGGCAAGGGUGUCGCUGCUGCCGUUGCCGCAGCUGCCCCUGCUCCUCCAGCCCCAGUGGAGGCUCCAGCAAACGUGGCCACAACAAUCACCAAGCCCGUUGCCAACGGCACUGCGGCUCCUGCCGCUGCUCCAGCCGCCGCGGCGUCGUCUGCCGCGCCCGCGGUUGAGCCAAGUACGUCGGCGCCUGCGCCGUCCAAGGCCGACGAAGAGGGCAACUGGCGCGCUCGUCCCAAGACUGAGACGACGGCGGCGCCGGCCCCUACCCCUACACCUGCACCUAGUGUGCCGAAGCAGGCUGCCCCCCCUCCCGCGACCAAUGCUUGGGACUUGAGAAGGAAGGUGCAGCCUUCUGCACCUACCGCUGCGGCCCCGGCGUCAUUGUCAAACGUUGCCUCUGCAGCAACGCCUUUACCCCAGCCGUCGCAGGUUGGCGCGGCUCCAAGCUCGAGUGCUCCUCCAACGUCGGCUCCCGAGCCGAAUGGUGACGCCAAGGCCAGCAGCAGCAGCAAGAAGGCGAAGAAAAAGGGUGAAGCAGCAGCAGCUGCGGAUGCUUCAUUAUGGCCCGACGUCACUCAAGCUGCAGAGGCCGUCAAGGUUGCCGAGGGAAACAAAGGAAAGCACGAGAAGAAGGGCAGUGAAGUUUCGGGCAGCGGAGCCGACGAAGCACCCAGCUCGGCUGCUCCGGGAGGAAAGAAGCAAAAGUGGAAGGCGAUCCCUGCGGCUGAACUUCAGGAAGCUGCCGACAAGGUGGCCGAAAACCAUCGCAAGGCCAAGGCCAAAGCGCAGAAGGCCAAGAAUGACGCCGAUGAGGCCAAGAGCGCAAAGGGCAAGAAGGGCGGUGCCGAGCACCCACCGGCCAAGGGCCAGGUCCGCUUGACACGGUCAAGUUCUCAAGGUGCGGAUACACGGCGACCUCCUCCUCCGUUCGGACACCCGGGCGUUGGUGCCAGCGAGUUACGUCUGGGCGGAGCUGGAGCGGACGUUGCCCCUUCAGUGAUUGGUUCUGACAAGGGAGUGAACGGCUUGGUUGCUGCGAAUGGCAACGCGAGCACCCCCAUGUCUCGGGCAGGGAGCCAGCAGUCCAAGCGUGGAUCCCCUUCGCAGGUUUCGAUUCCCCUUUCGCCCGGAGGGGUUGAGGAUCGAGCUGCUCGCUCAUCUUCGACGGGCACGCUCCCGCAGACUGGAUUCCCGUCCAACUCGAAUGCCAGCCUGCCACGACCUCCGCGACAAAAUCGCGACCGUGAGGGGCGUGGCGGCUCGUACGGCGGCGGCCGCGGACGGGGAGGGUAUCGCUCAGUGCCGGCCACGCCACGCCUGUAUGGCGACCUUUCGCCACUGCAAGGCAACAUUGAGCUUGCCAGCCUCUACCGCCAGGGUUACGCCAUGCCAUACGGCUACUUCCCUGUGCCUGCGCAAUUCGUCGUCUCGGGCUCAUUUGAUCCGGCCCAGGCAAACUAUGCUGGUGUACCUGCUUCGUUCCCCCGUGCGGCCCCGCCUCCGGCACCUGUUACCCAGGUGCCCGGUCUUGACCCUCUGAGGGUGUACGUGCUCGGCCAGAUCGAGUACUACUUUAGCGUGCAAAACCUGGCCAUGGACUUCUUCCUGCGGCAGCAGAUGGACUCUGAAGGCUGGAUCGACACGGCCAUGAUUGCGUCGUUUAACCGCAUCAAGCAGCUGGUCUCGGACGUUGCUCUGGUCACCGAGGUCAUGACCAUGAGCUCGUUGCUCGAGGUCAAGGAGGACAAGGUGCGCCUGAGCGGCGGCGCAGCCAAGCGAUGGGUUCUGCCCGACGCCAAGCCCAGCAAGUUUGAAGCGAGCCCUGCAUACAACCCAUCGCCAAAGAAGUCGGCUGGCGAGGGCACCGAAGUAUCACACGGCAUCCCGGCAUCUAUGGACGCCUCGGCUCUCGGGCUCGAGGAUCUCGACCUGUUGAUGCCUACUUCGCCGCAACCCAAGUUUGAUGUCGAGAAUGCUCUGAUGAAGAGCUCGGCGAGCACAAACAUUAGCUCUGCCGCAAGCGCACUUGCGUCGGACGACGCCAAGACGCUGACACCCACGACAACGGCCACCAGCAUUACCGAGGAGGCCGAUGACGUUUUUGAGGACAAGCCCAAGGCGGGGCAUGAGUAGGAGGCGCAAGAGACGACGACGCGCAAGUCGACACUGUUGCCGUACUGGAUCGGCAACGAACCACAAUAAAGCACACCAACGACCACGAAUCAGCAUCGCGACCCCAUCCAUCUAUUGUAAUUCGUUUUCGCUCUCGACACCACAACAAACAACACCUUGUCUGGCAUACAACUAGGGGGGGCUAACCCCUCCUAUUCCAUUUCACUACAUUGAUCGAACACGCAACGGAAAAAGCACCAAAAACCUUCAACCACCCACCAAACACCACCACAACAACCCAACCCAACUUGUCUGCCCGCAUCUGCUUCGUGUUUCAUGCCCAGGCAAAGCGCAGCACCGAGGGCUGCCACUCCACGGCAGUUUGAGGUGUAGCGCAUUGUGUCUUGGCCUUUCGUUUCUAUUGGCAGUAUAUUGCCACCAUUUACAAUCACAUCGGCGGUGAUUUCGGCGUCGGGGGAGGGGAGGAGCAGACAGAACCUGGGUAGCAUGGCAUGGUAGCGCCUUGGCACACGGACAAGCGGGCAUGCUGCACGGCUGCCAGCUGCAUGUGAAUGCAUACGUGUACAUGUCCGCGGGGAGUGGGAGUGGGACUCGGAUUAUACAACAGGGUCUAAGCAAAGUGGAUACCGCGGAGGUUGAAAGUCUUGAGGAGUUCUAGCAGGUCGUUGCCAGAGAGGACGGCAGCGCGCGAGUCGCCAAACGAGGGGCAGACCUCGUCCUCGUCGAGGGUUUUUGGUGGCACGAGGGUUUCGGUGAGGAUUUCGUCGAUGAGGGACCAAGCGUCAAACUCGUCUUCGAUGAGCCGCUCGUUCUCGGCACACCACGUGCGGUAGUUCUUCUCGACCAUCUCCUUGACGCCCUUGGCCUUGAAGCACGCGCGGAGCGUCUUGUGCAUGCGGGAAAAGACGAUGCGGUUGAGGCCGUCAAACUCUUCAAACUUGACGGCGGGGGGCGGGUCAAUGGGGCGGAUACGCACGACGCUCGACUCGACCAUGGGCGGCGGGCGGAAGUUGCCCUUGCCGACCUUCAUGACGUGGUCGACGCGCGCGUACAUCUGCGCGUUGGCAGCCAGGCGGCACCACAUCUUGCUGCCGGGCGCAGCACAGAGACGGAGGGCGAACUCGCGCUGGAACAUGAGGACUGCGGAGCGGAUCACGGGGCGUUGCGAGAGGAGCUUGAAGACGAUGAUGGAGGAGAUCUGGGAGCACGCGAGCGUCAGCGAGCGUGCGGCGGUCGUUGGGUAGCCACUGUCUGUCUGUCGCUCUCUGGCAGCCACCCGUGGCCGGCGCAACUCACACUGUACGGCGUGUUGGAAAUGC